AUGUCCAAUUGCAAAGAUAUUCAAAUAAAAAUCCUGGUAGUUGGCGAUUCUGGCGUUGGGAAAACGCAUUUGUCGUCAAUCCUGACUGACGUUUCCGGUUCGAUGAAAAAUGCUCAGUGCAACUGGACGAUUGGUGCCAACGUUGAAAUUCUCAUUCACAAGUACAAACAAGGCACAGCUGAAGAGGAUUUGUAUUUCUGCGAACUAUGGGAUGUUUCUGGAAAUCUUGCGCACACAAUGUCCCGUUCCGUGUUUUUCAACCAGUUUCAUGGCGUCAUUUUCGUGCACAAUCUCACCAACAGGAAGAGUUUGGAGAACAUUCGAGGCUGGUCGGAAGAAGUGCUCGAUGGGGACCAAGAAUCGGGGGCGAAUGUGCCGCUGAUUUUGGUAGGAACGAGGAUGAACGAUGUCAUGAAGGAGAAAAAGACGCUGGUAGAGGAGAGAUCAAGAAGAAUGGCCGAAGAACUUGGGUCGGUGCUCGUUAAUCUCGAUUGCUCAGAUAAAAAGGCCCUUUCUCCUGGAUCUGCGGUUAAAAUCGCUUUUAGUAAAUUCUUCGACAGAGUUGUUGAUCAAACUAAAGCACGCCAGCAACGAGCCAUGCGCAUUUCUACCGGUUGGAGUACGUCUGCUUCGACAUCUUAUAGAGGAGGGAAGAAAUCGGACUAA